UCUCUGCUACGACUACUACUGGAGUAGUAGUAUAUAGCUGCGCAACUCCUAACCUUAACUUGGUACGUACGUCUCGCCUCGCCUGCUCCUCCUCUCUGCUCCACUUCCAUUUCCAUCUGCCCCGCCCAUCCAUCCUUGAAACAUCAGGUUGACCCUCUGGCUGGCUGGGCCACAGCGGUUGCAGAGACAAGAGAACAAGUCUCCUCCACAAAAGGGGUUCCGUGCCACAGCGCUGACAUGUCCUCGCUGAGGCCGCUCAACACGGAACCAAGUUUUCUCCACUCCCCCAUGGAUGCCUGCGCCGCGCCGCUGAGGUCGCCGUCGCCGAGGGUCGUCGCCGGCCCGCCCAAGAAGAGGAUGCCGCGCCCCCUCCAGAGGUCGCUCAGCUUCAAGAACUGGGAGGCGGAGGCUGCCGCCGAUGAGCCAGAGCCGGCGACCCGGUGCAUCAACGGCGCGCGCCCCGGGACCCUCCUGCUCCAGAGCCCCGGAAGCAAGCAGCAGUCCCCGUCCAAGCCGCACUUCGUCUCUCCGAGGCCUCAGGCCGAGCUGGACGACGCGGCCACCAAGGUCCAGAAGCUCUUCAAGGGCCACCGGACCCGGAGGAACCUCGCCGACUGCGCCAUUGUCGUGGAGGAGCUCUGGUGGAAGGCCUACGAUUCCGCAUCACUCAACAUCAAGUCCAUCUCCUUCUUCGACGAGGCCAAGCAGGAGACGGCUGCUUCCCGGUGGUCAAGGGCUGGGAAGAGGAUUGCCAAGGUCGGCAAGGGGCUGUCCAAAGACGAGAAGGCCCAGAAACUGGCACUGCAGCAUUGGCUCGAAGCUAUUGACCCGCGCCAUCGCUACGGCCACAAUUUGCACCUCUACUACGACAUCUGGUCCGCGAGUUCCAGCACAGAGCCCUUCUUCUACUGGCUGGAUAUCGGAGCCGGGAAAGACGUUCAUCACCAAAAGUGUCCGAGAAGCAAGCUGUAUUCCCAACUGAUUAUGUACCUCGGACCAAACGAGAGGGCAGGGUACGAGGUUAUUGUGGAGCAAGGGAAGCUCAUGUACAGGAGAAGCGGCCUUCUCGUAGAAACCACCGAGGAUUCGAAAUGGAUAUUUGUGCUGAGCACAACUAGAUCACUAUACAUCGGGCAGAAGAAGAAGGGUAAAUUUCAGCACUCAAGUUUCCUGGCCGGCGCGGCGACAACCGCUGCCGGUAGGUUGGUUGCCAAAGAUGGCAUUCUUAAGGCAAUAUGGCCUUACAGCGGCCACUACCUCCCUACAGAGGAGAACUUCAGGGAGUUCAUCAGUUUCUUGGAGGAGAACAAUGUCGAUCUAGCUAACGUCAAGAGGUGUUCCGUGGACGACGACGAGUACCCAUCGUUCAAAAAGAGCUCAGACGAGCCUACUGAAAUGGAAGGAGAUGACGAGAAACCCACCGAGGAGGCGCAACAUGAUGAGACCCUCAACAGCUCGCAAAUUGAACUGCCUGAGAUGGACAUCAUCAAGGAAGUGGUUGCCGAGGACAAUGCGGAAACCGAGACCAAGAUGGCCAGUCUCCCAUCCUUCAAAUGGGCAACCGCUGCUGGCGCGCGGAUCGGCUGUGUCCGUGACUACCCGGCUGAUCUCCAGAGCAUGGCUCUUGAGCAUGUCAAUCUGUCACCAAGAGUGGUGCCGUCUCCGAGUGCGAAUCGGCUGCCCAUCCCGUCACCUCGGCCGAGCCCCAGGAUCAGGCUGUCUCCCCGGCUGCACUACAUGGGCCUUCCCACCCCCACCGGCCGCCGUCUCCCGAUCCCAAGCCCGGAAAUCAGGAGGCAGCAGUUCAUGGGUUUUCACACACCGCAAGUGUCUCUCACUCUCCCCAAGCACAAGGCCAAGUGAUUUUUCAUCUCGCGGCACCUACUACCAGGCUGCUGCUAUUGAAGCUAGUAUAGACGCAGUUUUAGAUACUAGUUAUUAUAGCUAGCCUAGAUCAGAGAUACUACUCACAAUUUUGUUUCUUAUGGUUGCUUCUUUGGUUCUGUGUCACCAUUCUUUAGUACUAUGUUCAUUCAUCUUCUUAUUUGACCUGAGGUGCGUCGGCUCUAGUGUAACCACAACUCUGCAAAUAAGCCAUGUAACUUUCCAGCUUUGUUUUGAUAAUAAAAGGGUUGUUUUGUUCAUCA